UUAAACUGGUAACAUCGAUUUUCAGAGAACAUCAUUUUCUCUAAAGGAAAGGAAAAAAGAUAAAAAUGGCCGGUGGUAACAGAGUGAUUCCUGUGGAUUCGAUAAAGAAUCGAAAAUCUCCAGGCAAUAAGUUGCAUCGUUCGAAUAGUCUUUCUUCAACGCUAUCGUUAUCACCUACAGAACUGAAUGAAGCUAUAAUGGGAAUGCUAACUGUUGGUAAACGAUUAGCGCCUUGCAAAAGAGUAUGCAUUGGCAAUCCAAUAACAACCGCAGGGCAAAGAAAACAACUGGCAAAGAUGUUGACUGUUGUUUUAUUUCCAUUGGCUGUUUUAACAGCAAUUACUGCAGUCGAUUUCUCUAAUUCUCUAUCAAUGUAUAUGAAUACAGCUGAGGUGAUGAUGCGUAUUGAGUUCGGUGUAGAACUUGGAGAUUUCCUCAUGGCACUCCAAAAUGAACGUGAUAUGAGUUCUUUGUAUCUGAGUAGGAUUGGUUCCGAUACUAAAUCUGAUUUAUUACAAGCAUACCCUCAGACAGAUGAGGCUUUAGAUAAAUUAUCAUCAUGGCCAGUAAGUGCAAGCAACAAGCUUAAGGAAUUCCAGUCACGUGAGAGGUAUAUUAACUUUAUCAAUAGACAUCGUUAUGAACUAGACUCAACAAACACCAGCGUGACUGCCGAAAUCAACUUUUAUUCCAAUCACAUCGAUAUAUUCAUACGCUGGAUGUAUGAAGUUGUCAGCGAGCUAAACACAGGAUUGAUUUGGAAGACAUUGGUAGGAUAUCAAGAAUUGAUCAUUUCAAGUGAAUAUAUUGGUCGAGAACGAGGCUACGGUAUUUAUUAUUACUCAGUCGGUUCAUUCCGUGAUAGAUCUCAUUAUAUAUUGUUUAUUGAAAGCCAAGAUACGGCUAGAGCACACUUUGAAUCUGCAAGGAUGUACUCAGAAACGGCAUCGGCCAUAUAUCAAAAGAACCUCGAUACAAACAACGAUACUCUGCAAGAGAUCAAUAAAUUAAGGAACGAAAUAAAAAUUAAUUCGUCGCUUGUACAAGAGGGUUCUACAUCUGCAGCAAAAUGGUGGUUUUCAAACAUGAGCAUUUAUCGUGAUGUCAUGCGAAAUACUCAAAGAAUACUGACAUCAAAAAUAAACAGACUACUUGAACAGAAUGCAGCCCUUGAUAUGACAAACAUGAUUAUUGCAGCAGCGAUCUUUUUAGGAAUAAUACUGGUCAGUCCAACCAUCACUUUCUCAGUAUACAAGCUGACGUCUAAUAUUCAGAAAUAUUCAUUGCAGAUUGCAAGGAAGACCAAAGCAUUGAACAAGGAGAAAAAACAAAGUGAAGAGAUUCUGUUCCAGAUGUUACCUAAAUCAGUUGCUCAACAUCUGAAAGAAAACAAUAGCGUGAAUGCCGAACAAUUCCAAGAAUGCACCAUUCUACAGAGUGAUAUGGUUGGCUUUACCAAAUUGUCGUCCAAUAGUUCGCCAUUACAAGUGACUGAAAUGUUGAAUAUCCUCUUUUCCUGCUUUGAUAACAGAAUUAAUUUGUAUGAUGUUUACAAAGUAGAGACGGUAGGAGACGGCUACUUGGUUGUAUCAGGAGUGCCGAGAAGAAAUCGUCACAGACACGCGUCUGAAAUUGCAACUCUCUCGUUGGAUUUAUUGCAUCACGUGACCAGACUUGAACUUCCUCAAUUUCCUGGCGAGAAGUUCAAAAUAAGAGUAGGCUGUCAUUCAGGUCCUGUUGUAGCAGGAGUCGUUGGGAAUAAGAAUCCUAGGUAUUGCCUGUUUGGAUCAACAGUACGUAUUGCUUCCAUAAUGGAAUCAUCAGCUGAAGUUAAUAAGAUUCAAAUCAGCCAGUCAACAUUCACAUUGCUGCAUGAAAUGGGUGGAUUUGAGAUGAGAGCGAGAGAUAUUUCUAAUGUAACGGUUGGAGUUGAAUUAAGGAAGCACGGUUCCUCUGAAAGGACAUUCUGGUUACUAAAGAAGGAACUCAUCGAAUGGGAAGAAGAAUUCUGCUCAUCGCCAUCCGAUGGGGCAUCAUUGGGGAGUUCUUUGUGAUACUCAAAAUAUAUGCAUGCAAAACUGGUUAUGGUACCUAUAUAGCAUAUGUAAUUACUUGUACCAUUGAAACGAAAUCUAUCUUAAAAUAUAACAACUUCAGCUUUCGUCCCAUUGUAAAUUGGUAAAUACUUAAUAUAUCAUUUUACAUAUGAUAGAAAAGAUAUGCUGUCUUAAUUCUUGACCAACAUCCCUACACGUCCUUGCAUGGCACGGAUUAUUUAACUGGAUAUGGAUACACUUCAGUCCAAUAUUUGACAAAUUGAGUUUGAUAGGAAAUAAGAGUAUGUGGUAUGAUUGCAAGAUAUUUUAUGGCCCCGCAACGAAGUUGUCGGUGCCAUCUUGUUUUACCCUUGUCCGUCAUUCCGAAAUUCCGUUAUUCAGAAAUUCCGUCAUCAUAUCAUACCGCAACAAACCAUUAUACGGAUUUUUUUUCUAAAUGUCUUCAGAUAUUGGGCUGAUUUUUGGCAAGAGAGUUCAACAAGAUGAGUUACAGAUCAAGUGUUAGUUUUGGUUCCGUUCCCCUAAAUUUUGCAGAAAUUACGGGCUAUGGACUUUGAUAAAUUGUUUAAAAUCACAGUCAUACGGACUUUUUUUCUAAAUGCUUUCAGAUAUUAGGCUGAUUUUUGAUAUGUGAGUUACUCCUGACGAGUUACAGAUCAAGUUUAAGUUUCGUUCCGCUCGGAUAAUGCAUGUUUGCUGUAAUUUAGGGCUUUGGACUUUGAUAAAAUUUUAGAAAAUCGCAGUUACACGGAACUUUUUUUUCAAAUGCUUUCAAAUAUUGGGCUGAUUUUUGCUAUAUGUGAGCUAACCAUGAUGAGUAACAGACCAAGUUUAAGUUCCAUGCUGAUCUGCUAGUUUUUGAGAGAAACAAUUGGGGGUACAACUUGGAAAAUUGAUAAAAAUCUUUUUUCUAUACGCCUUCAGAUUUUGAGCCAUCAUGUUUGUGUCCACAUGUGUUACUGAAAUUGCAGAUUUUUCAACAAUUUGAGACGGGACCAUUCGUGUCGCUUUGACACAUCUAGUUCUGAAUUAUCAAUCACAAGAAGACAAAAUGUAAGGAAAUUUAAGCAACAAAUGUUUUAAUAAACGUUUAACUUUCAGUUCCAAUGCAUGAUCAAAUCGAGCAAAUCAUGA